ACCAAACACAACAACCAUAAGGCACUUAUUUUACUGUUCAGUUCUGUGACGGCUUGUGGGUUGUUACAAACAUUCAGCACUCACAACAGAGCGUGACAUUCCUCUGUCUGAAUACCGGUUACCAGGAAUUGCUUCACGGUGAACACAACGAAAACAAACAAACGUUCUUUACAAAUACAAGACCACAAGGUGUCGUGACGUAAUGAAAAGAUGAACAUCUGAUUGGUCAGUUCUACUGCAGAAAACCAUCAUGGAUAAGAAGUACACGCUUAUAAUGAAGAACAAUGGUUCGGUGGUUCAACUCGUUCAGGAUGGGCCCGUCCCACCUGUUGUUCCUGGGUUCUUUUUAGUGUUAGACUUCAGUCUCGGGCUUUGCCUCAACCUGAUUCUAGCUAUAACUAUCAUCACAUGUCCAGUGCUACGUCGAAUAUUCUUCAAUCGAAUUCUCCUCCACUUGUGUGCAAUUUGCGCCCUGGAAUGUGUCCUCAACCUGCUAGCAGCAGUCGGCUUCGUAACAGUUACACAUCUGGAAAUACCACCUAAGUACGGUUCAAUAAUGUCACUGGCUUGUCGUGUGAACGCGACCCUGACGCAAUGGACGACGGCGAUCCAAAGCGUGGCGAUGGCGGCACUAGUUGUGGAUCGGGCCAUCAUGCUCCGUCGAGGGGAAAAUCCUAAAAGCGACCCGAGAAAUUGCGUCAUAAGAUUCCUCCCGGCGCUCAUGUGGCUGUACGGCACUGCCCUCGUCGCUCCAAUCGCCGUGACGUCACAUAUUGUGGACGUGCGACCCUUUCCCGACAGAUAUUCGUGUUGGAUCGUACCAACGUCAGAGGGCUCCGAAGACCUUCUCUACCCCUUGUCACUGCUGUUACUAGGACACGUACUUCCCUGGAUAACCAUCUUAGUAAUCACCACUGUAAUUAUCCGUCAUAUUAUUUAUGCCAGACGACGUCAACAAAAACUCGAAGAGGCGGCCAUCCAGAGAAGUCAAGGAAUUGGCAAUUCUAAUACGCUAAUUUAUCCUUCUUCAUACCAGACGUCGUGGAGUGACUGGUUGGGAAGUCCUGGGCCCUUAUCGUGGGAAGAAGUGAAGUUUUAUUUCUUGAGUUCCAUACUGCUCUUUCUUUAUACCAUUCUAAUCGUUCCUCACGUAUUGUGUGUCAACAUAUACUCCCUAACAGCAGUUCCAGCCCUUCAAGAUAGCUCAGCGCCAAGGAACAGUUCAUUAACAGAACUGACACCAGUCCCGACCGGGACAUACGAUUGUGUGUUAGUUUGGUUUCGAUAUAAGUUCACAGUUCUGAUACCCAUAGUUGUAAUAGCUGUUCACAAAGAGGUACGUAAAAAGUGUGAACACAUGUUUUGCUGUUGUUGCUGUAGAAAUAAUGCUGUUGUCCAAUUGGAAAAUCCUAGAUCUAUAUCUGCUUGUGUCGAGAAAAGAGAGCAGCUAUCAGAUCAAGGACUUAACAUCCAAAAAAUGAAGCAGGCUUCAAGAAAAAUAAAUCAAACCAAGAAGGAAAAGUAUACAAGGAUAGCUCAUUACAGGACACCUGUUCUUUUCGCUACAUCUGAAGGUCUCCACUUGAGAUUUAUUGAUGACAGAUUAGAGGGCAGCUAUUACAUAAAUGAGACAGGAGCUGAUGAUAUAGGUACAGCGGGGGGUAAGGAACAGUGCUGGACGGUUGAACCAAGAUUUCUAUGCCAGUUCUGUGACGUCGCUUUAAUAGUUUCAACGCCGACUAAGAAGGUCUCCAACCAAAUUUUACAACAAAUUGUAAGUCGGGGAUCACGGCUUCCAGUGUUCGUUGAAGAAACACUUGCCGAAAAGGAUCUACAAGUAAGUGAUGAUUUGACUGGUGAUAGUAGCGGCGAAUUAUCAAUAACACGCGGUGAUACUCAAGAAUCUUUAGUGGCAAUAAAUGAGAGAAAUUUUUCGGUGAACAUCAGGAAGGCAACUCGGGUGAGAUUUGCUCAGACUGUGAGCGAAAUUCCGUUAUGUGAGAGUGGCGUAUGGAGCGCUCCGGAGGAUCAAGGGUUUGCAGAACAAUCUAUGGUUUACAAACAAAACGAACCUCAACACAGUGUUCAUCUACUCAAACAAAAAUCUCAGGUCAAUGUACCUAGUGGACCUCGUAGUGAAUCGUCCUGACAGAAUAACUACAUUUCUUCAUAUAGAAAAGUUUCUAAAAGACGGCUAAGAAGGAGGUCAGACUGACAUUAACAUUAAACUGUAAACUUGUAAAAGAUUAAAUCGUGUGACUCUUUGUUACCAUUACUGUGUUCAUGUCUGAGGAGUAUAAACUUAAAGAAAUUUACAUUGUUUCAGUACUACGUUCAAUAAACUGAUACGUAUAUAUUUCAAUGACGUCACAUCGCACAGACCACGGUCUUCUGGAUUGUGAUGUCAUGUGACCUUUACGUCGGGACUCAGUUUACAGUCGAGACCUUUACUGCCGUGAGAAUUUCAGAUCCCUGACGUCACAUUGAUUUAAAUUUAGUUUGCAACAUAAAUUAUGGUAAUUCGUUAAUAAAUUGUUAUUUAUGAAUUUA